CGCCGGCACCGCAGCAAUGGCGGCCCCCACGGCGCCCGCGUGACUCCGACGCCGCUGCCGCACAGGCCCACGGUGCUCUGUUCUGUGGGGAACUCGGUGGCAGGAGCACAGCCAGAGGAAAUGUGAAGAGGUAGGGCGAACAUAAAGCAAGUUGGUUGCAGUAACUCAUCCACAUGCGGUGUGAGGUGGCCCAAAACAAGUGUAAGAGACCAGGAAGAAACUUGCCUGGAAUCACCAAGAGCAUAAAAAGACAGGAGGAUGGAAAUGAGGUGGAGUCUGGAUAAGAGCUGUCAGGAGGGCUUUUUAUCCAGUUUGAGGCUGAGUGAUAGCAAUCUUGAACCACAGUUUUAGAGGAGUGGCACCAAAAAGCCUGAUGUUAAUGCUGAGUGCUUUACAGGACGAGUAACACUCCCUGCUUCCUCAGCUGCCUGAAAAUCAAGCCAUAGAUACCGACCUUCCAUCCAUAUAAGGGAGGAAAAAUGCCAGCUUCUCUAAGAAAAUUGCAGCAAAUGGCUGUUUUCAUGGGGCUGUUCAGUGGCGGGGGAUGCAUCGUGAUGUAUAAUCUUAUGCAAAAAAGUUUUGCCAGGACCCAGUAUUACCAGCAAGCUUUGGAGCAACUGAACAGCAAUCCUGAUGCCCUGGAAGCCCUGGGUGCCCCCCCUCUUAAGGUUCACAACAUCCGCCUGACAGAUGGGAGCAAUCGCGUGGACACAGAAAGAGCACAGAUAAAGUUACCAGUCUCUGGAACAAAAUUGGCGGGAUACCUCUACAUCAGCUCGGAGAUGGACCAGUCCCGUCAGUGCUGGUGCCUUCAGGAUGUCACCUUGAAACUGCAGGAUGGUCAGAAUAUUCCCAUUUACCACUCUCUGGUGGAAAGCACUGGCAUGCAAGAAGGCUAAAAAAAUCAGAGACAGCUGCAUCUCUGCCUCCCAUUGAGCCAAAGGAGCCAUUAAUCGAUUGCAUCCUGCUGUGUCUGUGAAUGUACACAGUUGUCACAAGUGACAGUUUCACUUAAGUGGGUGCUCUCAAGACAAUUUUCUCUCUAAGAUUGACCUCAUCAUUGCUGUAAUUGUAAUUUCUUUCUUUUGCUGGUUUAUUCAUGUGUUUAACAGAAGCCUAAAAUAAAUAUCUUGCGAAAGA